AUGAAAAAAUAAAACGAAAUAGCAAUUGGUAUUGAUUUAGGAGUGUCAUAUAGUAGAGUAGGAGUGAUGAUAAAAGAUUAAUUUCAGGUUGUAAGUAAUGAAUUUGGAAAUAAAUAAACACCUUCAUAUGUCGCAUUUACAGAUCAAGAAAGACUAAUAGGAGAAGCAGCAUAAAAUUAAUAAGCUAAAAAUCCUACAAAUACUAUAUUCAAUGUAAUGAAGUUAAUUGGAAGGAAAUUUAGUGAUAAAAUAGUUUAAUAAGAAAUUUAAAAACUACCCUUUAAAAUUGAAGCUGAUAAAUAUGAUAGACCAGUGAUUGUUGUUAAUUUUAGAUAGAAAAUAUUAAAAUUGCAUGCUGAAGAAGUAUGUUCAAUGAUUCUUAGUAAAAUGAAGAAUAUAGCAGAAAAUCAUUUAGGUAUUAAGAUUAGUCAAGCAGUUUUAAUAACAUCUUGUAAUUUAAAUUUCUUUUCUAAAAGAGCUAUAGAAGAUGCUGGUCUAAUAUCAGGUUUAAAAAUAUUAAGAAUAAUGAUUGGAUCAACAUCAUCAUAUUUUACUUAUGGAAUGAAAUUGUUGAAUGGUAAUAGAAGGAUUGCUUUAAUUAUGAAUAUAGGUGGAGGUUCAAUAACAGUUAGUGUAGGUGAGAUUGAAAAUUAAGUGAUAGAAAUUAAAUCAAUAUCUGGAGAUGACAAUUUUGGAGGAGAAGAUUUUGAUCAUAUACUAGUCAAUUAUUGUUGUGAGAUAUUUUAAGAAAAAUAUGGAAUUGAUUUAAAAUAAGAUGCAAGAGCUAUGAGAAGAUUAAAAAUGUAAUGUUAAAAAACUAAAGAAACUUUAUCUACUGUAAAUUAAACUACAAUUGAAAUUGAAUAUAUAACUAAAGAAUUAGAUUUUAUUCUAUAAAUCAAUCGAAAAAUAUUUGAAAAUUUAUGUUAAUCUUUAUUUCAUAAAUGCUUAUAUCAUAUAGAAUCAGUGCUAAAAGAAGCCUCUUUAACUAAAUUUUCAAUAGAUUAAGUUAUUUUAACUGGUGGAUCUUCUAGAAUCCCAAAGAUUCAAGACUUAUUGAUGGAAUAUUUCAAUGGAAAAUAACUUUAUCAUUCAAUCGAUAAAGAUGAAGCAGCUAUUUAUGGUGCUACAUUUAUGGCUGCACUUCUUAAAGGAUAAUCUUAAAUUUGUAAAAAAUGGUUAUUACUUGAUAUAAUACCUUAUAAUUUGGGAAUUGGAAUUAAUGAUUAUUGUGAAUCAUUUAUUAUUAAUAAAAAUACUAAUCUUCCAUGCAAAUUAUCAUAAAGAUUAAAAUUUAAUUAAGAAAAUUUAAAAACUUUAACAAUCUUUUUAUAUUAAGGAGAAUAAUUGAAGUAAAAAGAAAAUUGUAGAAAAUUAGGAUAUAUUUAAAUUCAUAGAAAUAAUAAUCAUGAUCUUCAAAGUGAAAUAAUUAUUUAUCCUGGAAUUGAUGAAAAUAAUUAAUUUGUUAUAUCUGCUGAAGAUGCAAUAUCUUAACAAAAACUUGAUGUUUCAGUUUAAUAUGAAUAAUAAAUACUUUUAGAUGAAGAAAUUCAAAGAUUAAUUGAAGAAUCUGAAACCUUAUAGAAUAAUGAUGUAAAAGUUAAAAUGAAAAUUGAAGCCAAAAAUAAAUUUGAGACUAUAAUAUAUCAUUACAAAAGAAUUCUAAUGGAUGAAUUUGAUCGUUAAGAAAAAUGGUUAGAAUCUCAUUAAGAUGAAGAUUCAAAUAUUUACAAUAAAAAAAUUGAAGAGAUUUAAUAGAAGUUUGAACCAUUCGCAUAAUCUAUGAAUAAAGAAUAUACAAAAUAAUAAUAUGAUUGA